AUGUCUUCUCUCACUAUAUGUGAUCCUCGUAACGAAGUACUCUCGAACGAUGACCUACUUGAUGUGAUCUUCCAGCUUAUCUUUUACGACGAUCCAGAACGCGAUAUCUCGCCGAACAUGUACUCCCCGAGACACCAGUUACUUCAUCUGGCUCUGACGUGCAAGGCCUUCCUUAACCCAGCUUUAAAUGUCCUCUGGAGCGUACUACCAAGGUCCCUGGAACCAUUGAUCCAGCUCCUUCCCGGGUUCACUGCAGACCGUUACAGCUAUACAGUUAAUGAUAUCAUUACAAGUCCAAGCUGGGAGAAACUCAUGGCAUAUGGAAGCCGAGUGAAAUCUAUCACCUUCCCAGAUGACUCUCGGGUGAUGGACCUCGACCUGUACCAGCGUAUCUCCCACCACUCAACUUCACUCCUUCCCCGGGUCCAAUCUCUCACUGUCCGUUGUCGAAAUCUUAUAGAUCCCCGAGCCCCAUCUCUGGCGAUUGGUCCUUCUCUCCAAAGAGUGAAUAUCCGACUCGCGCGCUGGGUUCCGCAUACAAUUCUAACCGACCUUCUGGGAGACCCCUCCCGCCUGCCAAAUAUCAAAACCGUCGAGAUUGAAGGAGGAGAAUGUCAAAUCAUUCCCCCCGAGUUGUCGGUGGUGUUCAACCUCAAAAGCGUCGCAGCGCUCAGUUUAGACUUUGCAGCGUUCAAGUUGUCACCGGUAAUUCUGAACGACGCUGCCCGCUUACCACUGCUCUCUUCUCUUUCCAUCUCAUCCCUCGCGACAAAUGCUAUUAAUAUCACGACCACUAAACCAAAUGCGCCCAUGACCUUCCCUUCUUUGACCAACCUCGAACUCGGUGGGAACGUUGCAGGCCUCGCCCAGACCCUUUCCCAAUUCCCAUCUAAUACAAAGGUGAAGUACAUCCACUUGCGUCUCGACAAGGAGUCGGACAUAUAUACCGGGGAGGGUGAAUGGUCACGCCACAUGGCUCUCUCCUUCCAACACACCGCCGAGCGGUUUGGUGCCAUCACCACCGUGGAAGUCACCGACAGCAGCGGCAGACAGCUUUCAUUGCCUAUUCUCCGACCUCUCCUCUCCAUCCGAGGCCUGCAACAUCUUCGUCUUCAAUUCACAUCAUUCACGGGCACAGACGAUCUCAUCAACAAGAUCGCGCACUCUUUCCCCGACCUCGUCACCCUUGUCCUUCCAGCUUCGCCUGGCAAAGAAUCUCCCACCGUCGAGUGUCUGUGGACCCUGGCCAAUGCCUGCCCCAAACUCGAGGAUCUCCGCAUGUGUAUCAAACUCGGGUUCGUCGCUUUCAACUACACCGCGACCAACCACCCCCUUCGCUCGCUUCAUAUACGUGCUGCGACUGACCGCCCAUCAUACGGCCGUCCAUCGCCUCCACCCCUCAAGAUCUCGACUCAUAUCACUAUCGCGACAUUCCUUGACACUGUUUUCCCCAAUCUACUGUCGAUCGGAAAUUACUCGGAAGGCGAGGACGGUUAUAGCUCUUCAGACACUGUCGAGGGCAUGGUCCAGCUCAUCACUGCUUUGAAAAACGCUAGGAAGUCUGGCGCCGCUGCUGCGUCCAGGCAAUGUAACACCUGCAGUUCAGCUAUGUCCAUUGAUUAA